AUGAAACGGUUUCUAUUUUAUAUAUUUGUGUCGAUUUUUGUUUUUGAUCAGGCUUGGUCUAAAACAACGUAUAAAGAAAUAGUUGAGCACUUUCAUCGAAAGGCUAAAGCUGAGGCAGCAUAUGUGGAAAUUGAUUGGAAUAAAAAAUUGAUGCCAUUGUUCCAAACCAUUCAAAUGACUGAAGAGGUUGCUGAUGUAUUUGAACCUUGGAAAGGAAGUACUAACAUAACCCUAAAAUUAUCAUUUGAAAUACUCAAAUUGCCUCACACGCCAUAUACGAAUGCACUAGAUUCGGUAAAAAACGAUAUUUUUAAGACUGAAGAGAAGAUAAAUAAACUAUCAAAGGAAAUAGUUGAUGGAAUGAGUGCAGAUAAAGGUGAAUUAAGUGAUAUUUCUACUUCACUGAUGAAAAAUUACCGAAAAUGGCAAAAGAAACCAAUGAAUCAUGAGCAAAUUCUGAUGAUAGAAACUCACAUUGAUUUGAGAUUAUUUAAUCGAAGAGCACAAUUACAACAAACAAGUGUGAAAAAAAUGACCGACGUGGUUAAUGCAAAACGUUGGCUUACUAUAGAAGCACAAUCAUUUAUUAAUAAGUUAAAUGAUAUCAAAAAGAUGGCUAAUAACAUAAUAGAAUUAUCAACCAGUUUGGAAACAUACAAAAGAAACCAGGACGAAAUGUAUAAUAGUCUAAAAGAAGCUGGCGACGCCAUUGAUGAAAAUCGUUGGGUUCGGCCACUAUAUGUAGAUUUUUUGUUUGGAUUCAAAACAGAUCUCUCAUUUUCGAGAGCCGAAAUAGCAAAGAGUAGUAAGAGGAAGUCCAGGUCAUAGAUUGUUCCUAAUGAAAUGAGAACAUUUAUAUUGCAAUCGCUAUCAUAAAUCAAUAGAUCUUGGUUUUUAAUGAGGGCUAGAUUUUACACUCUUUUCCGAGCAUAAAAUACUGUCAUUCCACUUUGGAUAGAUAUUAAAAUCAACUAUGUAUAUUAAAACAAAAACAAAAAAAUUGUCUUUUUAUUAUCUUGCUUGAAUAACUAUCGAUGAAUAAAAUAAAUGUUCAUACAACAAAA